AUGGACGCCCCACCCUUGUCGGGAUCAUUGGCAUACGAGAUGCAGGCAGCAAUUCCCAGAUUGGAGAAGAUUUUGGCGGACGAAUUAUCCUCUCAAACACUUCCCCUUUGCAUUCAACUAUUAAAAUCAUGGGUAGCAACAGCAGCACCAAACGUUGACAAACACCACCAACAUCAGGAUCAAUUCACUACAGCUGGCCGAAAGCCCAUUCGAACCUUGACUCGAUCACGCGUAUCACGUUGGCUUUUGUCAUCACUCUCCAGGAAGAAACCUAUUGCACCUGCCAAGGAUAUUUCCGAAUCUCAUCAUACAGAUCACAGCACUCUCACUCUCGAUCUUUCAGCCACCACUACUGUUACCAACAGCGAUGAUCGUUUAUCCGAUGAUAGCAGUGAUCGUAGCAUAGCAAGCGUGUGUAUCCAUGGCGACGACGACGACGACGAUGAUGAUAGCUACAACACGUCCAAAAUCCUAUUUCAUCAUGACUUUGAUAAUCAACCUAUCAGUUACAGCAGCAGCAAGGCAUCCUCCUUGGUAUCUACACCCAUCUUGAGAUCAGCUGGCAUGGUCCAAACACCACCCCAUCAUCCUGCAGCACCACCUACCACUGAUCAAUAUCAAUACACAUCCAUUGCACCAUACAUCCUUAAUGAAUCAUCCACAACAUCAACUCCUAUCCUCCGACCCACAGCUCCCUUUCGCUCACGAUAUUCAACAGCUGCAUCAACUUCAUCUUCACCAAGUAGCACACAAAAUCAGCACAUUCAAUCCUCAUCCACAACAACAACAAAGGGUAUCAACCCACAAAACGACCAUGAUGAAGCGAAAACAACAGCUUUAGCUAUGCAAUCAUCAAGUCGUACAGCAUCCACAGCAGCUAUAACAGCAGCUGCUGCUGCUGCAGCAGCCACUAAACUUCCGCGAGCCAAGACAACUAUAUCAGGGUUUCUCAACAAGCUAGGCAUGUCAGUCAAAAAAGCUAUGGGGAAUCGACAACAUCGACGAGCACAUCCAGCUUCUGCUCUUGACAACAAUCAUGAUUGUUUGGAUUCUUUUCCUACACCACACAGCCAUUCAAGUGGUGGAAGUACGAAUGAUAGUGAUGAAACGGAAGAAAAAGAGGGGUAUUUAUUGGACAAGAAUCAGCAGCAACAACAACAUGAUUGGGAUAAGGAAGAAAUAUGGCGUCCUCGUAUCGAGUCCAAUACGCGUGAACCACUUUCAACCAAAGGCAAAAGUCCACAAUUACGUUCAUCAGAGACAUUUUCUACGUCCUCGGAUCAUGAAUUCAAACGCACCAUCCCUCGAAAACCUGUACAGUAUGCUGCUGCUGCUGCUGCUGCUACUGCUAAGGCUGUUCCACCCACAUUGAAGCAUAGCAAGACCGACAUGGACAUUUUACGAGAACAAUCAGUACCCUUCAUCAAGAUGGGCAUGGGACGAGGAGGAGGAGGACUUGGUGAAGAAGAAGAGGAGGAUCAAGAUGAUAGUGUGAGCGUGGAAGCCAAGUUUCCUUCGGGUAUUCAUGAAUUACAACAAUGGCAUCAUCGAUUCCAUGAACAACAACAACACCCUGAUAAGCUAGAAGCCAAUCUUCAAAGGGUGACGGCUGCAGUGUACAAGAUUAUCGAAAACAACCACGCCACUGGAUACUUUGAGUAUGAUGAAAAGGGAUUUCGUGGUACACCCCUCGGCCAUAUGCAAGAUCGGCUUUUUUCAUCCGAACCUUUGACAUCCCCAGAAGAUAUUUAUGACCAAAUGGCCUAUAUUGUUGAAUGUGGCCAGUUGACAUCAGAGCACGUUAUUCUUGCAUACGUUUAUUUGGAACGCAUGGUCGAUCGUUCUGAUCAAGCACUUUGUGAUAUUAGUUGGCGGUUUAUGUUGUUAGCGGCCAUGAUUGUAGCUGUCAAGGUUUGGGAUGAUUGUGCCGUUUACAAUAGUGACUUUGUCCAAAUCUUCCCUGAACUCAACAUUGUCCUUGUGAACAAGAUUGAACGUCAUUUCCUCAAAGCCAUCAAGUACGAAGUCGGUUGUACACAAGCACGUUUUGUUUCGACUUAUUUUGAUCUUCGCGAUGGAUACCAUUUAUAA